AAAAAUUACAUAUGAAGGAAAAAAGGGUGGGCAACACAAAGACGCAGCCAUUGAUUGAGAGCAUCUGAAGCAUUCGAAUUGAGAACUUGAAUUGGGAACCUGAACCCUAAUUUUGCCAUUGACUUUGUUCAAUAUGAGUAUGACCCAAUUCGCCAUGGUUGAGGAGUUGGCUUUUCUUGUGAAGGACAAUCUUCCUUGCAAGCAUCUAGUUCUCACAAUGGAGGAAGUCUUAGUUAACUUUCUCGAGGCUGAUGACACAAGUUCAGAUGGGAUCUUGGAAUUGGAGCCAAUGAACUCUUACAACCGUCUUCUCUUACAUCGCCUUGCUGAGAUAUUUGGGUUUGCGCAUGAAUCUGUUGGUGAAGGAGAUGAUCGGCAUUUGAUUCUUGAGAGAUGUCCAGAUACAUCUAUGCCUUCUAUCCUUGUCAGUGAUAUUCUAUGGAAAUAUGAUGAACCUCAAUCUUUGAUGGAGUCACACGACUCGCAUCAAAUAUUAAGGAGAAAAGAAGCCUCUCCAGUUUCACAGACAAACGCAGCAUCCAUUCAACAGUCGCUGGAGGAAAGAAAAGCAGCUUAUUUUGCUGCUCGUGAGCGGAUUUUUUCUCUGAGUUUGGAAGAGGGGAAAGAGCCUGGUGAGCAAAAGCCACGAACUGUGCCUGUGGUUGCCCGCCGUAUGAUUGCGCAUGCAUUAGGUCAAAGGAUCCAUACGAGGAAUCAGAAUGACUUGGUUAGUGAUAGUAUGAAGGAUAAAGUGCUCACAGAUGAAUUAAAUGGUCAAGAUAAGACUAGUGAGAAGUCUAAUCUCAUGAAGGAUUCUGAAGAGUCCUUACACCUGAGAAGAAACUCAAAUAGCAAAAUAAGAAACACAGGCAGUUCUAAUGCUGGCUCGCACCAUAAAAGGAAUGAUCAAACACCUGUUGAGAAACAUUUGCCACAAUUCUCUCCAAAUAGAAAACAAGGGCAAAGUGUGAGUAAAGAGGACAUGAAAAAGGAGAACUUAGGAGCUGCGAAGAGAAUGUUUGCUCAUGCUUUGGGAGUACACUCUGGAAAGGAUGGUUCUGUUGCUAGAAAUAGAAAUGGAGAAAUUAAUAAGAAUUAGAACAGAAGGUUCUUAAAUCUUGAAACAAGAAUCGUAUUCUGUUGUUCCAAAGGGACCUUGGCAGGUGCUCCCCAGAUUCCAAUCACAGUAUGGAGAUGAGUAAGAAGCGUGUUGUACUCAAAUUCUGAACAAUAAUCUCAGGAGGUUCAUGCAAAUCGCUUAGUUCUUCCUUGAUUGUGCUGGAGUAACUUGAAGCAGUCUAGUGUCGAAACGCGAAAGACAUCCUGAAAGAACUAUCUAGGAUCUUGUUUGACCUCUUUCGGCAUAUGGAGGAAGCUGAGUGAAUAGGUAAUGGUGUUAUGGCCCGUUAUCCAUGUAAGAUAUGCAGUUCCAAUUACUUUCUUGUCUGUUUAUUUUGUUCAGUGAAAGUAUACAUUAUGGUUGUUCCCAGGACCAGGGAUACAUGAUUUCACUAUCCUGGAAAGUGUUAUGUAUAAUAGGGCGAGUUUGUUUGAAGUUAUAGGAUCAUAUUCCCAGGAACGAUAUUUAUUCCAAGUAAUCUCAUUGCCAAGAAUGUCAUUCCGGGGUAAAAUGAAAAAUCUGUUUGGCUUUUGUUUAUUA